GCGUGCAGUGACGUCAGCGCGCAGGGUACGUGUUGCUGACGUGUACUUAGGGAAGUGGCUGCCGGCUACGUUUAGCUGUUAGCCUUUAGCUCUUCCUCGUCACCAAAAGACUUUCUCGCCUGCAGCUGAGCGUACUUGGUAGAACAGCAGGGCCGGACUAACCAGAGCGGCUGGGCACAGGUGGGGUUGAAUACAGCAGCUUUAUGAAGAAGAGAGAGUGACUUGCACAGAAAGUAUGGGGAAGAAGAGGUUCCCAGAUCUGUACAGAGCCCCUUUUCCCUUAUACACCAUUAAAGUUGACCCCAAAACCGGGCUGGUGAUCACAGCAGGAGGAGGUGGUGCCUCCAAAACGGGCAUAAAGAAUGCUGUGCACUUUCUUGAUCUAGAGCUGGUUGGAGAACAUCGGUACAGUGCCAGCCUCCUUCACGCUCAUGAUACCGACACACGAGCCACCAUGAACAUGGCUGUAGGCGAUGGUGUGAUUGCUGCAGGACAGGAUGGGACCUGCAGCCUGAUGAGGUUUCAACACUGCACAAAGACAGAAGGAGGCAAAUCUGCUGCCAAAGAUGGGAACAGUGUGCAGCAGGGUACUGCCAGGCGGCGAGCUGGGAAAGGAGACAAAGUUGGAAAGGAUGGAGCAGCAGCCUCUGGAGAAACGUCUGAUAUGAAGGAUGAGACAGCUAAAAUCUCUGUGACUGGUUUGGCUCAAGUACAAUCAGACCUGAAUCCUCAGGACCCACUCCAGAAGGUGGUCAGCUUCAGUUCUGACCUGAGCCUCCUGCUGACAGGAGGCACAGACGGGCACAUACGAGUCUGGGAGUUUCCAUCAAUGAAGAAGAAGUUUGACUUCAAAGCACACGAAGGGGAGAUAGAAGACUUGGAUAUGAGUCCUGGGAAAAAGCACCUGGUGACCGUUGGCAGGGACUUUGCCUGCAGUGUAUGGAGCGGCAACCAAUUGGCAAUGAAUCUGAAAUGGCAUGAAACCCUUCCUCAAAUGGCUGAGAAGACUUAUCGAUAUAUGGCUUGCAGGUUUGGAAAGGUAGAGGACCAGAAAGAGGCCCUGAGGCUUUACACAGUGCAGAUCCCCCAUAAAAGAGACAGAAGACCACCUCCCUGCUACCUCACCAAGUGGGAUGGCAAGAGCUUUUUGCCUAUGAUGACGGCUCCCUGUGGCAAUGAAGUUAUCUCCUGUCUGGCUGUCAGCGACUCCGGAACAUUCCUUGGCCUUGGAACUGUAACAGGAUCAGUAGCAAUCUACAUCGCUUUCUCCCUUCAGAAGCUAUAUUAUGUACAGGAGUCCCAUGGCAUUGUUGUGACAGGCCUGGCCUUCCUGCCCGACUCAAUGAAAGGCAAAGAUAUCAUAGGGAAUAAUGAAACGGCCAUGCUGAGUGUUGCUGUCGACAGCCGCUGUCAAGUACAUGCUGUCCCCAACCGAAGGUCCUUUCCUAUCUGGCUGGUGCUGUUCUGCUGUGGCAUCAUGGUUGUGGGAGUCAUCCUCCUCCUACAGUACCUCUUUCCAGGAUUUAUUUAAAUACAUAUAAAAUGCAAAGGCUGGCGGAACAUGGACACAUCUUCACAUGGCUUACUUUGCCUCUGUCAACAACAGUCCUCAGUCCAACAUCCAAAUGUCUCAGUGCUGAACUACAACUCGCAGCUAAGCCACAGCUGACGCGUUGACUGAAGAGCUUUUAUGACGUCCUGACAUUGUCAACCUUCAACUCUUCUUCAGGGUUUAGUUCCUCUACGACCUGUAAACCCAGUGGAAUCAACCCUGGAAAGAAUGUGGAAUUUUACUCACUUUGAUUUCUAUCAAUUAUUCUUAAUCUUUUUUGGAUUCAUCAUGGAGAUUUGAAGGACUCAGAUUCAUGAAUGUUUAAAGGGUGGGAUCUUUUUAUUGACAUAUUUAAGGAACAAUGUAAAACGAUAAAAACAAUUGGUACAUAAUUUGUCCAAUUUUGUUUUGUCUUUACACACAGACACUUUGAAUUUGCCAUUUUCUUUGAAAUAUUGCUUCCCUUGCUUUUUAAGUCUCUCCAUUUUAUCCACUGAGUAAUCAUAACACACAACAUUGUGUGAUUUGAUAUUAUACCAAUAGGUGUGGGAAUACACCGAUGUCUGUAAACAUAAACAAUAGUAAUAUACAAGAAUAAAAGCUGUGACAUUACCACUUUUAACUGAAUACAAUGGAGAUGUUCAAAACUAUGGGUAAAGUUGAUUCUGAUGAUGUAAGUAACUAUAAUGAUGUUUAUGGAAGAAAUUAAA